AUUGUACGUCGUCGAUCGCGCCGCGCCCGCAUGUGGAACAUGGGACUAUUGUUCCUAAUCUACUACUGCGUGAGCAUCUACUCCGCCAAAGGAGACUCCAAAGAAGGACAGCCCCUGCCACUGGAUGUAGGCAGUCUGGCCGAAGACGCUGGCGACGUGGAGACUAACGAAGUGGAUGCAGUAGAAGGCAACACACAGGAAAACUCUGUCCUGAACACCACUCCUGCGUUUGAGGCGUCUACACAAUCCACUCCCAUCCAUGGUGCUAUACCAACUUGGCGCCCGAAGCGGGAGAACUGCACCCCCCCAGCGAUCGAACAGUUUCCGCAACCGCUGAUGAACAAGUGGGCGCGGCAACACGGUGGUCUCAUCUUGCACAUUUUGGUUGCCGUCUUCACCUUCUUUGGCCUGGCAAUCGUAUGCGAUGAGUACUUUGUGGCCAGUCUGGAUCGCCUCUGCGAGGAGUUAAAGCUUUCGCCAGAUGUGGCGGGAGCCACGUUUAUGGCUGCCGGGAGCUCGGCACCUGAGUUAGCGACUGUUGUAAUAGGAGUGUUCUUUGCCAAGGACGACAUCGGUAUAAGUGGGGUCAUCGGCUCAGCUGUAUUUAAUAUCAUGUUCGUGAUAUCCGUCUGCGCUCUGUGCUCGGGCACCGUUUGCCAGCUGAACUGGUGGCCCCUCGUGCGGGACUGUUUUUUCUACUGCGUCUCCAUUCUGGUUAUGCUGAUAAUUAUCUUCAACGACGUCAUAUCUUGCUUUGAGUCCGUGGUUAUGCUUCUUUGCUAUGUAGGAUACUGCGUAGCUCUCCACUUCAACACUGAACUAGAACGAUGGGCACUGGGUCUUAACCUUCCCUUUAAGCUGCCCAGCAAGGAAGAACAAUCGGCUCUGGUCACUUACAAGAACGUGCCGGAAAGCUCCUACACACAAGAAAGUGCUACCCAGGCAAAGGAACAACAAGUCCCAAAAAACAUCGAUACCAGACAAGCAGAUCCACAAAACGACUACCAGAACUACAGCGAUCCCAAUGCGAGCUGGGACCCGAACGCUGCCUGGGGAGAGGACGGCCAGUCAAACCAAGUCACCAAUCCCCCGCCACUUGACGAUUGGGGGAUAGGCCAAAGUGGGCAGGAGAACAUGGGCUACAACGCCGACCAUCCCGAGUCUGUGAUCACUGGCGAAGCGGCUGCGGUCGUUCCCAAAAGUGGUGGCCAGGUGGUGUCCACUCAGUCAUCUGACUACUAUAAGUCGACAGACAAGCAGCGAGAGCAACGCCGUGAUCCCCUAAUCAGGCCCACGGAAGGUGGGCUGCCAGCUGUAAUUUCUUGGUACGUGGUCUACCCUAUCCACUUCCUCUGCAAGAAAACUAUGCCUGACUGCCGACAGGAGCAGUAUCGCAACUGGUACCCGUUCACAUUCCUGAUGUCAAUGGUAUGGAUAUCAUUCUACUCCUACUUUAUGGUGUGGAUGAUUACCGUGAUAGGGUCCACGCUGGCCAUCCCGGACACCGUGAUGGGUCUAACGUUUGUGGCCGCUGGCGUGUCUGUCCCGGAUGCCCUAAGCUCAAUAGCCGUUAUCAAAGAAGGUUUCGGCGAUAUGGCCGUUUCGAAUGCAAUUGGUUCCAAUGUCUUUGAUAUCCUAGUGUGCUUAGGUCUUCCCUGGUUCAUACAAACGGCUAUCAUAAAGCCCGGCUCCCACGUCAACGUAAUUUCCAAGGGACUAGCCUACUCUACUCUGUCACUCUUCUCCACCGUCGUCUUCUUAAUCCUUUCGACGCACCUAAAUGGGUGGAAGCUGGACAAGAGACUGGGAAUUAUCUUGAUGAUUUGGUACUUGUUCUUUAUUACCCUGGCGUCGCUCUAUGAAUUAAAUGUCUUCGGCUACAUGAACCCACCCGAAUGUCUCAGUACUUACUAAAAACUCAGAAUGUCAGCAAAGCACGUAUAUUUUCAUUAGCAGCACUACGUAUUGUUUAUAUAUAAACGUACAUGUAGAGUUGUUCAUAACCGCAGCUAAAACCAACAAAACCAAACCAGACACAAUGAUUAUGAGUAACAUUUACAAAACCAUAAUUAGAGGAAAAAAUAAUACCUUAAUGGCGUUUUACAUGGAUUUUUACAUUGCACCAAACCAAAAAGAUAAAUUAUAUGAAUGUACAUGAAUACAAUAUUACAAUAUUAUGUAAUACGUAUUUAUAUAAUACUUAGGUAACUAACAACGGUGAUUCUCUCUAAAUUGAGAAACUAUUUUGUUCUAUUUGGAAUAUUUCACAUUCCACAGACGUGGAGUUAGUCUUAACUAUCUGACUCUGAUAGCUCCCGCGAUCUCAGCGUUCAAACAGAUAGGCUCUCAUGACUAGAUCGAUUAGGCUUUAUUUUAAUUUUAAUUUGAAGUAAGCUUAAUUAAUAAGCAUUUUUCGUUAGCGUUGGUCAACGUAGUUGUCUUCAAAAAACUAUAGUUUUGUUAUUAAUUUAAAACUAAUCCUAUUAUGCUCAAACAUAAAAUGUUAAUAUCCCUAAUCUGCUAUUUUCCAUUUCUUCCCAUUAAUAAAAUUUUGUUUCAAACAUUUUUUAAUUUUUAUGGAAUAUAUUUUAAAAAAAACGUAUCGUUUCAUAAUGAAGCAUUCUCGUCUUACUAAAAUAAAGAUGAAUUUACAAAUGUUUUCAAUAAAAGGUGGUAAGUAAUUACGUAUAAGAUAAGGAAAAAGUUUCCCAAUUCAGAGAGAAUUGCAUACAUAAAAGAAAAGUAAACCUAGAGCAAGUGUAGCCACUGUAGAUAGGGAGACAAAUGUAUGUAAUUAAGAACAAUAAAACAUUAAAAAUAUGAUAUUGUUGCUAACGAUUAAAUAUAGCAAUGUAAAAUGCCCUAUAUCACAAUCAAAUAGUUUUGCUAUUUUUAAGUUGUUUGUAUAUACUUUUGAAAAGUCGCAUUCUAAGAGUUUAAUUAAUUACAAACCAUAAUUUUACGGUUUAUUGUAAAAUGUUUUAUUAACUAUGACAUACGCGGUCGUAGAAAUAUUUCCCGGUCUCAGUUUUGAUAAAGCAAACGAAAAUUUUAAAAUUGACCAGAUAUGCAAAGUUAUAAACUGUGGAACAAGGACAACGAAUUUUGUUGCAUUUUUUGUAUCAAGAAUUUAUGUUUUUUUUUAUCAUAUUAAAAAAAGUAUUAACAUUUCAUGAUUCAAGAAUAACAAGUAAAAAACUCAAACUUGAUUUUGAUAUAAAUUCUAAGAAAUGUAUAACGAUGGCAAUUAAUAGUGUCAAUUUUUUAUUGUAAAUAAGAUGCAGAUAUAAAAUAUUAAUUAUUCUAUUUAACGCAGAGUAAACUAUUCAUGUCAAUUCGUGCUGUAAUUUAUGUUCAGAACAAGCCCUUUCCCGUUCCAGUUUUAUGGAAUUUUCAAUCUGAUAUAAUACACGGUUCGUCAUUACAAAACUAUUAUUUCGAAGGUUUCAAUAACUCUUUCUGGGUAACUUAAAACAUUUUUUGUAUGGAACAUAUUAGUUUAUAUUGCUUAGAAUAAAGCAUCAGAAAGGGCUAGCAUUAUGGAUUCAAAAUGAUAUUUCAUUUUAUGCUAUGGCAAUUUAAAUCAAACUUUACAUCCCAGAAUAGUGACGUUGAAGCUGGUGGGUUAACAUUGCACGAAACAAGCAAUGUCUGAAAUAUAUAGUGUACACCUAGAAUAUAUACAUAUGUAUAUACCAAAAUAUACACAUACAGCACACCGAUACUAACGAAGUGAGCACUGUAAUAUGGGCGCGCUCAAGUAAUAGUGAAAUAAUACAAAACCGGCAUAUAUACACAUACAUACAUAUUACAAAAAAGAACUUACAUAUAUACAUAUACAAAUUCUGAUUCGAGGAUUAUGCUUAAACAAAUUUAAAGGGAUUAAAUAGCCUUUGAAAAAUUAUUAUAUUAGCAACCCAAGUUCAAAACCAAAAUAAAUUAAUCUCAAACUAAAAAACACAGCCUUAUUUAAAAGAAUUGUAGUGCUACCUUCCUUCAACAUUUAUGUUCUAUUGAGGUCCUCUAUAAUCCAGUAGUAUUAAAUCAAAAACGUAUAACAAUUUUGUUAAUUUCAAAAUAAAUAUGUAUUUUCAACAAAUUAUUUUAAACAAAGGUUUCCAAGGAUAAAGUAAAUAUGUCACUCUUGGAACCUAAUAAUAACUACAAAAGUAAAUCCGUUUAUGUCUGAUAUAAAUAUGUAUGUUGGUGGUUUCCCUUUAUACGUUAGUGUUGCUCUAUUAAAUAUAUUGAAUCCUUCUAUUAGUAAAAUGCCGCAAAAAUAGUAAACCUUAAAAAAAUCAAAUAUUAAAAAAAACAAAUUAUUUCCUUUAAAUAGGUGAAAACGUUUUUAGCCAAUUCCAAAAAUAUUAAAUUAAAGAGCUCCAGCAACUCUUUAUUUAAUAAUUCGAGAUUUCAAAAUUGAAAAGAGGUGGUACUACAGUUUUUAUCAUAUGCAUAUAUGUAUAAAAAUCAACGUUACAAAACAAUAAAUAAGAACAAUCUCCUGUUAAAUAUACUCACUUAACAUAAAUAUGUUGUUCUUCUUGCCAAGUGCAAGGUUCUUCCCUAUUCUACAAAAAAAACGUAUCCAGAAAGUGUUUGAGAAUAUAUAUAUAAAUUCAUAUACUUAUGUAUGUCACACAGCAAGCAGUUAUAUCAGUAAUACAUACAAACACAGAUUUGAUUUGAAUAUAUAAUUAUUAUUUUUGUUUAUUAUUAUUAUUUAAAAAAAUUCGAAUGAAUUCAAAAUUAACAUAUUUGUUAGUUUUAAAUUCGAUAUACAUAUUUCGUGUUACCUUUAACUGUUAACUAUAACUAUUACUGAGAAGGAUCCAGGUUUGCAGCAAAGGUAGACAGAAUACUAACAAUUAAUUAAAACUCCCCUUUACAACAAAUACAAUGUGCAAUAAUUGUUACUUCAAUUUACAUUAAAAAAAAAUUAAAAGUACUAUACCAACCCAAUACAAUAAAUGUUUACGCCUGAAAUUUGUGUGGACUAACGCAGUUUAAAAAUUAACUUCGGCCGGCAACCUAUUCUUGUCAGUAAGAUUGCAAACAAAACCAUAAAAACUAUUGCUAAUAUAGAAAACUGUUAUUGUUAUGUUUAGUCUUAAAAUGAAUUCCGAAAAUAAAAGCAUAGAAACAAAA